CCUAGCCGUUGCAUCUUCCCCUUAUGUCUCUGUUGGCCCGAUCCGACGAUAGCCCCCUUAUCAGGCCUGCCCCGCAACACUUCCAUUUCCAACGAUAAGCCGACACCUCGGUGGCAGCGCUGCUUGAGAGACGUAUUCGUGCUCUUUCAAGCCCCGAUUUCCAUGUCUAAGAUGACUCUUUCCUCAUCUACCACUGCCGCACCUCUGGUCGUGUUAGUCUCGACGAGAGCCGUGCUCACUCUCGCCGACGAUUCGUUACUUCUCACGCCAGCAACCAUCUCACUCUCUCCUGUUACGGGCAAGAUUCUUUCUGCUGUCCCCGAGAUCCUCCCGGAGACCCUGUUCCCUCCUGGAACAGCAUACAUCGACCACAGCCCGAAGGUCCUGCUCCCAGGUUUGGUCGACGCGCACGUUCAUCUCAACGAGCCAGGUCGGACAGAAUGGGAGGGCUUCUACACCGGAACCCGGGCGGCUGCCUCGGGCGGAGUCACCACCGUCGUGGACAUGCCUUUAAAUGCUAUCCCGCCGACAACCACCCUCGCUGGCUUCAAGGAGAAGCUUGCCGCCAGCAAGGGACAAUGCUGGGUUGACGUCGGCUUCUAUGGCGGCAUCGUCCCGGGCAAUGCCGACGAGUUGCUCCCACUUGCGGAAGCCGGGGUUCGUGGUUUCAAGGGGUUUCUCAUCGAAUCGGGAGUCGAAGAGUUCCCUGCCGUCUCGUCUAAGGAUAUUGCACUCGCAAUGACAACCCUCAAGGACAGCCCGACCACACUCAUGUUUCACGCGGAGAUGAUUCCGCCCAUUACGGAUUCCGUGGGCGAUGGCGUCCAGGCGUCGGAACCGCCCCUCGCCCCUCACGGUGAGCUUACCUCGUACAACACCUUCUUGGAAUCCCGCCCGCCUGCCUUCGAGACAUACGCAGUGGAGGAGAUCCUCUCACUCGCACACCUCGCCCCGCAGCUCCAUCUACACAUCGUCCACCUCUCAGCCACGGAAUGCAUCCCAAUCCUCAAGGCCGCCCGCAGCCGUGGCGUCAACAUCACAGCCGAGACGUGCUUCCAUUACCUCGGCCUGGCGUCCGACGGCAUCGAGGACGGCGACACCCGGCACAAGUGCUGCCCCCCGAUCCGCAGCCGCGCCAACCAGGACGGCCUGUGGGCCGAGCUCGCCGCCGAGGACAGCUGCAUCCGCACCAUCGUGUCGGACCACUCCCCCUGCACGCCCGAGCUGAAGCUCCUGCCGGAUCGCAUCCGGCAGGCUCAGAACACCCACCACGCCUUCGGCAGUGGGCCGCUGCCUCGCACGGAAUUCUCGGACUCGGGCAUCGACGUCACGCUACCCACGCAGGACACCACCGUCGUCAACGACGACGAUGCAGCCCAGGCAUCCGGGCGGGGCGACUUCUUCGCGGCGUGGGGCGGCAUCUCGUCGGUCGGUCUGGGGCUGCCGAUCCUCCACACGGCAUCUACGGCACGCUCCUCCCCGCUCUCGAUCGUCGACACGGUCCGGCUGUGCAGCCAGGCGACGGCGCGGCAGGUGGGGCUCGCGGGCCGGAAGGGGGGCCUGAGGCCCGGGCUCGACGGCGACGUGUGCGUGUUCGACGACGGCGCGGCCUGGACGCUGCGGGCGGCGGACAUGCGGUGGCGGAACCGCUGCUCGCCGUGGGAGGGGUGCCGGUUCGAGGGCAGGGUCGUCGAGACGUGGCUGCGCGGGAGGAGGGUGUUUGCGCUCGGGGGGGAGAAUGAGGGGUUUGUUGGGGGGGAGCCGGUCGGGGAGGCGAUUUUGGAGAGGAGGACGGAGUGAACGGGGCAACUUCUUUAUACCACGAGAUCCGAGGUUACAGUUUUUUAUUUUCAGGCGUCCGGGCACUGUUGAUGAUUCAUUUAUGGCGUAUUGGCUUGGUUUUAGGGGCUGAUGCAUAUGCCGAGCUAUGGCUGUCUCAUGACGAUGACUGUGGCUUGGGUGUCUUCUAUGUUGCAGGACCCCGAUGUAUAUAUGGAUUUCAGGUACGGAUGCAUUCUCAGCGGAUUGCACAGGUCUUCUGCGCCACACAACUGGUCAUUUAUAUUGUAUGCAUACACGCGUACUUUAUUUGCUAAGAGGACCCGCUGUUGGAUGAAGAAGUGGGUGUCAACGCAC